GUCAAUUGAAGGCGGCCGAAUGUGAGACAGUUUGAACAAUUACAUCAGGCAAUCUGUUUAGCAGCAAAUUUUUGUGAAGUUUUAUAUUUAUGAAAAAUGAACAGUGUGGGAGAGGGCUGCACAGAUCUUAAACGUGAAUAUGAUCAAUGUUUUAACCGUUGGUUUGCCGAGAAAUUCUUGAAGGGAGAUCGAAGCGAGGAUCCAUGCACCGAAAUGUUCAAGAAAUAUCAGUCGUGUGUUCAGAAGGCCAUCAAAGAAAAGGAUAUUCCCAUUGACGGUGUGGAAUUCAUGGGGCCAAACAAAGAGAAACCAGGCAGCUAAAGCCAUUGUGGAUGGUUAUGGGGAGCCAUUCUCCCAUCGCACCAUGUAGCCUAAACGCAUCACGGACACAUCGGGUUGCCAGCGUUUUUAUCCCUGGUCAAGAAAUGAUGGCCGAAGGUGCCAUGAUCUAAAGCCUCUUAACGCGAACGCAAGACCGAACUUUUUCAACGAGGAACCGAACCUCGGGAUCAUAUUUGGUACGGAAGUCGAAUGGAAACGUGAGCAGUAAUAUUGAAAGCUUGGCUCGCUCUGGAAAUCACAAUUUAAAAACCGAGGUGCUGUGGCGUUUUCGGCAAAUGGCUGCAAUGUUUUCCUAUUGUUUAUUUUCGUGUAGGUGAUGUGCAUCUGUUUCUCUGGAUGUUACCAGACACAAAUGCCUCGGACUCACGCGAUACUUUAACAGGUGCCAAGAAUGUCCAGGUCAUAAAUAUUAAUAUCCUGUAUAAGUGACCAUUUUUGUUGAAGGGAUUGCAAAAUAUGAAUCUGAGUAACUUGACUGUUACUGAUGUGCAUGAUUGAGUUAUUAAAAGUAACCCAGAAGACA